AUGGUCGGCGUGAGGGCUUUGAGUAGCAAGCCUAUUUUUUCUCAAGAACCUAUUUUGCGCGACAGAAAAGGUCAGCCAGAGGGCGACUUUAUCCGUCCUCAAAUCGAAGGCGACCACUUGGUCGCGACGAAGGAGACGCCCAUUGCUGAGCCUAAAACCCCUCCGAGCGUAAAAGAUUACGGUGUGCAACAGGCUCCCAACUAUGCGCAGACGUGGAGUCCGAGCCAGCGACCGAAAAGCAUGGCUAUGCGUGGUCCCCGCUUUGAGCAGACGAAUAUGCCUCUCCAGCCUGCGAGUCUUUCUGCCAUGGAGCUCAUCAACAAUGAGCCGAUUCGUAUGGUGAUGGUCCACUUGGCCACCCGCGUGUAUACAUAA